AUGGUUGUGGUGGGCACGACCUCGUCCCCAGACAGCCUGGACCCCGCGCUGCGCCGCCCCGGGCGCUUCGACACCGAGAUCCCGGUGCCCGUGCCAGACGGGCCGGCGCGGGUGCACAUCCUGCGAGCGCUAGCGGCGGGCCUGGGCGCAGCGGCUGGCCUGGACCUGGACGAGCUGGCGCUGGGCUGCUUCGGCUACUCCGGCGCCGACCUGGCGGCGCUGUGCCGGGAGGCCGCGCUGUCCGCGCUGGGCAGGGUCGCGGGCGGCGCGGGCGAGGGUUCGGGGAUGGAGCCGGGGCCUCGGAGUCCCCGACAGGGAGCCGGUAGCCCAGGCCCCAGGGAGGAAGAUGUGGUUGUAACGAUGGAGGACUUUGAGUCGGCGCGCUCAAAGGUGGUCCCCUCCAUCACGCGCGGGCUGACCCUGGACUUUGUGCCCGUCGCCUGGGACCAGAUCGGCGGCCUCCCGGACAUCAAGCGGCGCCUGCGGUGCGUGGCGGGUUGGAGGUCUUGCAUGGGGGGAGGGCAAGAAAGGCGUAUCUCAACAGGGCACAGUGGCACCGGCAGGCAAUGCAGGCACUUGCCACUGGGGUACAGUUUGGUGCCUCGAGGGUCUGGUCGCCCUACCUUUUGUUGGGAGCAAGGUCUGUAA